CCCCUACACCACGGCUUUGUGUGAAGGACCUCGUUCUGCAGAAGCAGAGUGAAUUCAUCUUUGAUGGAUUUCAGCUUGGCUACUCUCUUUGUGUGGAAAAAUUGGGAUUUGCUUACAUGCUGUUAUUGAGAAGGAUGUGCUGUGGGAGACCAGUGUGAGAGUGCAUGCUGUCAUAAAGCACCUAGAGUAGUCCGGAGCAAUGCCACCACCCUCAGACAUUGUGAAAGUAGCUGUUGAGUGGCCAGGAGCCAAUGCCCAACUGCUGGAAAUAGAUCAGAAAAGGCCCCUUGCGUCCAUCAUCAAGGAGGUCUGUGAUGGGUGGUCACUGCCAAAUCCAGAAUACUACACCUUACGGUAUGCUGAUGGGCCUCAGCUGUACAUCACAGAGCAGACUCGCUGUGACAUCAAGAAUGGAACUAUCCUUCAGUUGGCAGUUUCCCCGUCUAGGGCAGCUCGCCAGCUGAUGGAGAGGGUCCAGUCGCACAGUAUGGAAGCUCGACUGGAUGCCAUGAAGGAACUGGCUAAACUUUCAGCAGAUGUCACCUUUGCCACAGAGUUCAUCAACAUGGAAGGGAUUAUAGUGCUGACACGGCUUGUGGAGAGUGGGACCAAGCUUCUGUCCCAUUACAGUGAGAUGUUGGCAUUCACCUUGACUGCCUUCUUGGAACUCAUGGACCAUGGCAUUGUUUCCUGGGACAUGGUCUCAAUAACCUUCAUCAAACAGAUUGCAGGGUAUGUGAGUCAGCCUAUGGUAGAUGUCUCCAUCCUCCAGCGAUCCCUAGCCAUCCUAGAGAGCAUGGUGUUGAACAGUCAGACUCUGUAUCAGAAGAUAGCGGAAGAGAUCACCGUGGGGCAGCUCAUCUCUCAUCUACAAGUCUCAAACCAAGAGAUUCAGACAUACGCCAUUGCCCUAAUCAAUGCCCUCUUCUUGAAGGCACCAGAGGACAAGAGGCAGGACAAGUUCCUUAACCCGCUAGACCUGCCCAUCACUGAAAUGGCUAAUGCAUUUGCCCAGAAGCACCUGAGAUCUAUAAUCCUGAAUCAUGUGAUCAGAGGAAACCGUCCGAUUAAAACAGAAAUGGCUCAUCAGCUGUACGUGCUGCAGGUUCUGACCUUUAAUCUCCUGGAAGAGAGAAUGAUGACCAAGAUGGACCCCAAUGAUCAGGCGCAGCGAGACAUCAUAUUUGAACUGAGAAGAAUUGCAUUUGAUGCAGAGUCUGAUAGCAACACUGUACCUGGCAGUGGAACAGAAAAACGCAAAGCCAUGUACACCAAGGACUACAAGAUGCUGGGAUUCACUAAUCACAUCAAUCCAGCAAUGGAUUUUACUCAGACUCCUCCAGGAAUGCUGGCAUUGGACAACAUGCUCUAUUUAGCUAAAUUUCAUCAGGAUACCUAUAUCAGGAUUGUUUUGGAGAACAGUAGUCGAGAAGAUAAGCAUGAAUGUCCUUUUGGGCGCAGUGCCAUUGAGCUUACCAAAAUGCUUUGUGAGAUCCUGCAAGUUGGGGAACUCCGUAAGUAGCACUUUUUAUUCCCAGCUUUCUAAGUUGUUGG